GUACCUCCAAUAUGUCUGCGUCCAUGCCCCAGGCAUGAAUAAGAAAGAAAUUGUUCCGUAGUAACUAUUCUACCGUUUUCCUUCAACACCACUGACACUUACUUCAAUAAUGCAACAGGGAGUUAAAGUCUGUCUGCUUGUGAUCAGUCUGAUCGUGAUAUAUUCGACAGGAUGUCUAAUUUUUACCAAAGGCUUUCUACUGAAACGAUCGGUUGUCAAUGAAAACAGCACCUGUCAUGUUGAAUUUUCGGUGCAGAAGGAUGAUCAUGGAGACGAGGGGUGUUGGCAACAUUCCAGAUUCAAAAGAGCAAUAAUCAUUGUUAUAGACGCUUUGAAAUACGAAUUUAUGAAGUAUGACUCAAAGCUUAAAUCAAAUUCAUAUUUCUUGAACAAACUUCCUUUCUUGAAUAAUGUUUUAAAUCGCAAACCAAAACAUUCAAGAUUAUAUAGAUUUAUUGCAGACCCCCCAACAACGACAUUACAGCGCAUAAAGGGACUUACAACCGGUAGUUUGCCUACUUUUGUAGAUGCUGGGGCAAACUUUGCUAGUGCUGAAAUAACCGAAGAUAACAUCAUUGAUCAGUUAAUUGCACAAGAUAAAAAGAUAAAGUUUCUCGGUGAUGACACAUGGAUGGGACUAUUUCCUGACCGUUUUUCGAAGGCAUUUCCAUUUCCGUCUUUCAAUGUUAAAGAUCUCCAUACAGUUGACAAUGGUAUACUUCAUCAUCUCAUGCCUGAAAUUCGCAGACGAAACUGGGAUAUCAUGAUUGCCCACUUUCUUGGAGUUGAUCAUUGUGGUCAUAGAUUUGGACCUAAUCAUCCAGCAAUGGCAGAAAAACUUUCACAAAUGGAUCAGAUGCUCAGCAAUGUGACGCGGGAAAUGAAGGAUGAUACGGUGCUGUUUGUACUGGGGGACCACGGAAUGACGAGGACUGGCGAUCAUGGUGGAGACAGCAAUGAUGAGUUGGAAGCAGGCCUGUUUGUCUACAGCCCGUCUCAACUGACAGCAACAGAUUAUAAACCAGAUGCUGUGAACACCGUGGCCCAGACUGAUCUCGUCCCCACACUGGCGCUCUUGCUGGGCGUGCCCAUCCCCUUCUCCAACCUCGGAAUGGUGAUCAAGGACCUCUUCACACAUUGUUCAUGGUGGAAGACAAGCAUCAGUGAAAUCAAGCAGGUGUACCACGCUGUGAAGGCACUCCGUCUCAACGCACACCAGAUCAAUAAAUACCUGAAGACCUACUCAACAGUAUCGUCCGAUUUCCCUGAAGACAAGUGGAGCAGAUUACAGGAACUGCUGAAACAUUCAGAGAAUGACCUUCAGAGUCUUUUAACCUCUAUGGUGCAAGAAGGAGAGACUCCUGACAUUUUGAAAAGAUUCAGGAAAUUAGAAGAUCAUUAUACUCAAUUUAUGACAGAUGUUCGGGACAUUUGCCAGAGAAUAUGGGCUAAGUUUGAUAUAAUGUCCAUCUUGAUUGGAAUAUUAACAAUGGCUGUAGGUUUUAGUAUCAACAUACUGAUACUAUGUUGUUUGACCAGAGAUGGACAUGAAUCUUGGACCCCUGUCUGUUUUGGGGUGACUGGAGGUGUGGUUUAUCUGGUUUAUGCCAUUGUGCAAACUUUUUAUCUGUCGGAAUUUGUUAAUCCAAUGAUGUUGUUUGUGCUAGGAGGUAUGCUGCUUCUAGUUCUGUGGAUUUUGAUCAAGAAUUCCUUUUACGGAGAAACCAAGACUGAAGGUAGCCCAAAGUUACAGAAUACAAAACAUUCGUUAAACUUUGAUGAUAUAUUUGGAAUCACAAUUUGUGUUUUGUAUUUUCUUGUGUAUUUCUCAAAUAGUUUCGUGGUACUGGAAGAUAGCGUAACAAUGUUCUUCUCACAAACCAUGAUCUGGAUGUUUGGCUUAAAAAAUAUGAAGUACAACAUGUCAAUCUACUUAUCUCAGAAGAGUCAUAAAGAAAUAGCAGCAAGACGCAGUAAAUCCAGACUGACCAUCAAUGUACUGAGCCUUUUGUCUCACCCAGUGACCUUGACCCUUGUCUUCACCUUGACCUGCAGUGUUUUUCUUCGACUGUCAGUUCCAUUCCGUGCAUGCAGAGAGGAACAAUGGUUCUGCAACAACACUAUAUUCAUGAAACCUCUUGCAAACCUGGCAGUCGAUGCCGUAGGCUACAGAAACGUCAGAUAUUUCUUCAGUAUUGCUGCUCUAUCAGUUUUCAUCAUAUCCAUCCGCCAAUGGCUAAAAUGUUAUGGCAACCUCAAUGGAUAUGCACCAGCUGUGAUGUGCAUGAGAUUUGCGUAUCCAUUUGCAGGAGUUUGCUGUUGUCUACACUGGGCUAUGCAAGGACUUCCAGUGCAGGUACUGGAUUAUCUCCCUUGGUGGCAGCAGGUGCUUCUGGCUCAGCUUGUGUACAUGUCGCUCCUCCUCUCGAUCCUCAUCCUCAUCUUCAAGCCACUUUGUUUGUACAAGCUACCCUCUGCUAGGGAUCCAUCAAUACCGAUUCCCCGUGGAGGUUUAGACGGGCCCCAGGUGAUCCCCUCAGUGUAUAAACAUCUCCGUGAACGCUUCAGAACAGAAACAGAUACAGAAGCAAAACCGCCAGUAGUGUAUGGACUGGGCUCAGUCUACAGUGCCAGCUGUUUACAGGUUGUCAUAGUGACAGGGUUGUUAUUGUCACUGUUGCUAGGUGAUGGCCUGGCACCAAGUCUGCUUCUUACGCUCUUGACUGUGUAUAUCUUUUAUGAGAUUUAUGGAGCAAGUGUGUUUCAUCAAAUUGAAACAACAGACAAACAUCAUCUUGUUCCAUUGUCCGCCAUUGUCACACUUGGACUCCUCAUGUCGACAUUCUUCUUCGCAACUGGACAUCAAACAACUGUUCCUGCCAUUAGAUUUGAGUCAGCAUUCACUGGUUUCCAUGGCGAUUUUAAAUACAAUGUCAUCCCAGCACUCCUUAUUGCUCUCAAUACAUUUUCCUCACAAGUAUUCUUUGUAGUUAUCUCCCCUUUGUUGAUGUUCUGGCCCCAUCUAGAGGGUGUUGUGUCUCAGCUAAUGCGACAUGUGUCAAAGAAGGACCGCGUGUGGCGAGGAGACUUUGUAGCUUACGAUGACAGACCUUCAUUCAGGAAAAACAUCAUGAGACUUGUGUUUGGUUUAUUACUGUUUUCAGCAGUUAAGGUGCUUGGUGCCAUGGCGGCUGCAGGUUUACAUCGACGUCACCUCAUGGUGUGGAAAAUAUUCGCUCCUCGUUUUGUAUUUGAGGGAGCGGCCAUGUUUGUGACCUCCACUUCUGUAUUGCUAGUCUACCUGUUUGUUGUAAUGGUUGACAGAGCAGUGAAUGCUUUUGCAAAGGGCUUGAACUAGGAGAAGCAGAUGGACAAUAUAGUGUGCACAAAACAAAUGGCAGUAUGGUAUUGUGUACUUGGAACCAGGGGUCAAGGGAGGAUACUACUAAGUGCAUUAUUAUAACUAAUUUCACUGAUGUUGUGUCGGCUACUUUUAGUGCCUGGAGCACCGAAUCCUUGAUGAUUCAAUAUCUCUGUUACUGUUUAUAUAUACCCUGGAACAAAUCAGCAUGACCUUGUUCAUUCACCAGCUUCACCAGACAAGUAAAGAAUUUCACUCAAACAUUUCUCCUAGAUCUUCAUUCAAAUUUGAGGUCUUGCGCCAAUAUUUAUACAUUUACAGUGGAAGCUGUCAAAACAGGCAGCUGUCCAAUCCGGGCAAGUUGUCAACACUGGCAUAAAAUCUCAGUCCCGUCCGUGGCUAGUGCAUUUAUCAUCCUUUAAAAGCUCUGCAAUCUGGCAGCUGUCAGUAAUAUGUUGCUAUGGUAACAGUUUGUCCAGGUUAUAUGUCACACUAGUAAUGGAGGUAGAAUACAAUGGAUAAUCCAAGAGGCUAGCGCUGUAUUGGUAACUUAAUGCUGUACUUCUAGUGCACCAUGGUUCAGAGUAUCAGAACCUGUGAAGAUCUGUUUAGAAUUGAUCUUCAGUAACCCAUGCUUGUCAUAAAAGGCGACUAAUGGGAUCGGGUGGUCAGGCUCGCUU